UGACAGGAGGAAGUUCAAGAACUACACCAGGGUGUCCCCAGAGAUGUUUGAUGACCUGUUGGUCAGGCUUACACCCCACUUGCAGAGAAAGGACACCCACAUCAGGAAGGCCAUUCCCCUGGUCUCAAGUUGUCCGUCUUCCUGCGCCAUCUCGCCAAUGGGGCCACCUAUGCCGAGCUGUCUUUCAACUUCCGAAUGGGCAAGGAAACCAUCCAGAAGUUUGUCCCUGAUGUAGCCAGAGCGGUAGUGGAUGAGUAUGCUGCAGAAGUCACCUCCCUCCCCACAACCAAUGAAGGCUGGCUUGAGGUUGCAGGUGAUUUUGAAGCCAGAUGGAAUCUUCCUCACUGUCUUGGAGGCUAUGAUGGAAAGCACAUCCGUCUCCAGAAGCCCAACAAAUCAGGCAGCCUUUACUUCAACUACAAGCAGUUCUUCUCGGUUGUCCUGAUGGCUCUGGUAGAUUCAAAGUACCAGUUCCUGUGGAUUGCUUCCUUGGCCAGAUGA